AUGGACCCCGAGAAAGGGAACACCGCCAUGCAGCAAGGCAAUCCCAAACUGGUAACAUGGGAUGGCCCUGAUGACCCCCUCAACGCCAAAAACUGGACAGCGAGUCGCAAAUGGUCUGUCACCAUCGUCGUCUCCUUCUACACUUUCGUUUCGGCCCUAUCGUCCUCCAUGGUGGCCCCUGCGCUGUCAACAAUUGCAAAAGACUUUCAUGUCAACAACGAAAUCGAGUCCCAGAUGAUGCUGUCCGUCUUUGUCCUUGCGUAUGCGGUUGGGCCUCUUUUUCUUGCCCCUCUCUCAGAGAUAUACGGACGAGUGAUUGUGCUGCAGCUGUCCAAUCUUUUCUUCCUUGUGUUCAAUAUUGCGUGCGCAGUGUGUCAGUCCAAAGGCCAGAUGAUUGCCUUUCGCUUCUUGUCAGGGCUUGGAGGCAGCGCACCAACGACGAUUGGAGGAGGAGUGCUCAGCGACUGUUUUACGGCAGAGCAACGGGGCAAAUCCAUGGCCAUCUACAGUCUGGCACCCUUACUCGGACCGGCGGUUGGGCCCAUCGCAGGAGGAUUCAUUACCCAGAAUAUCUCCUGGCGAUGGAUUUUCUACACCACUUCCAUCUUUGACGGCCUUCUUCAGGCGGUUUCCUUGUUCACUUUGCAUGAAACAUAUGGACCCAAGAUCCUCAGCGACAAGGCCAAACUCCUUCGCAAAAGCACCGGUGAUGCCGAUUUCCACACAGAGUCUGACCAGCAGACCAUCCUCGGGACUCUUCAAAUAUCCCUUAUUCGCCCAUUCCGGAUGCUCGCCACACAGCCCAUCAUCCAGUUUCUGGCCGUCUACAUGGCUUUCAUAUACGGCCUGAUGUAUCUGGUCUUGUCCACCUUCACCACCCUCUGGACCAGCCCAAACUACUACAACGAGAGCGUCGGCAUCGGCUGCCUCAACUACAUCGCCCUGGGCAUCGGUUUCUGGGGCGGCUCCCAGAUAUGCGCUCCGCUCAACGACCGCAUCUACCGCGCAUUGGCGGCCACACGAAACGGCGUUGGCCAGCCCGAAUUUCGAGUCCCGCUGCUUACUCUCUCUGCCAUCCUAACUCCCAUCGGCCUGUUUAUCUACGGAUGGACCGCACAAGAACACACACACUGGAUCGGACCGGAUAUUGGCGCUUGCAUAAUUUCAAUCGGAAUCAUCAGUGGGUUUCUGUGCGUCCAGACGUACGUGGUGGAUGCGUACACAAAAUACGCCGCUAGCGCAUUGUCAGCGGUUGUUUUCCUGCGGUGUUUGGCUGGCUUUGGGUUUCCGCUCUUUGCACCGUACAUGUAUAAUGCACUGCAUUAUGGAUGGGGGAAUAGCGUGCUGGGGUUUGUGGCGAUUGGCAUUGGCAUUCCGGCGCCUCUUUUUCUAUGGAGGUUUGGGCCGAAGCUGAGGGGCAUGAGUACGUAUGCGGCGGGCUGA